ACAGAGAAUGUCAGAUUUACCUAUGGACAGAGUGAAAGUGGAUCCUCCAUUCACUCAUGUGGGCCUGGAUGUUUUUGGGCCAUGGAACAUAAUAUCACGCCGCACUAGAGGGGGCAGCGCUGAAAGUAAAAGAUGGGUUGUCAUUUUUUCUUGCUUAAGUACAAGGGCUGUCCAUCUGGAAGUCAUUGAGUCCAUGUCAACCUCAAGUUUCAUUAAUGCCCUCAGACGGUUCUUGGCAGUUCGCGGACCAGUCAAACACUUCAGAUCCGACAGAGGAACUAAUUUCAUCGGAGCCUGUCGUGAACUGAAUAUCAAUGCCGAUGAUCCAGAACUAAAAGGUUACUUGCAGGAGCAAGAUUGCGUAUGGACAUUUAAUGCUCCCCACUCUUCCCACAUGGGAGGAGCUUGGGAAAGAAUGAUCCACAUAGCACGGCGCAUUCUGGAUGCAUUGCUGCUAAAAACCGGCCUUUCCCGUCUUACCCAUGAGGUUUUGACUACUCUCAUGUCAGAGGUCAUGGCAAUAAUGAAUGCUAGACCUUUACUUCCUAUUUCUUCUGAUCCUGACACAUUGGAAGUUCUAUCCCCUGCAAUGCUUCUCAACCAAAAGGCUAGUACUGUACCAGCACCUCUUGGGGACUUUGACAUUAAGGACCUCUACAAGAAAGAAUGGAGACAAGUUCAGUGUCUGGCAGAUACUUUCUGGAAAGCUUGGAGGAGAGACUAUCUUGCAACAUUGCAAGUAUGGAGGAAAUGGACUGAGAAAAGACGGAACCUUGAGGAAGGUGAUGUUGUCUUGCUUAAAGACUUCAAUGUGAAACGUAAUGAGUGGCCGAUUGGACUCCAUACCCAGCAGUGA